AUGUCCAGUACAAAAAUUGUGGCUCCCAAGUGUCAUGAUCAAAUCAACCUAGGGGGAUGGGUUUAUAAUGCACCUCGGAAGUUCCUGCGAAAAAUUAUGCACGGUUUGGACCCAGAUCCAUUGCUGACGAUGCACCCUCCUGCCGCUACCGAGGAUGGGCAGAGAGUUGAGAUAACCGGUACUCGGUACCUCGGCUCUUACAGCUGGUUGAAAGCUCGAAAACCUAUAAUUCUCGUCCCCGGUGCUCCCCGUAUCUGGACCCACCGACAGACACCUUUCACCUUGCCCCCAGACUUUGGUUACCAAGCCUGCGACUUCAACGCUCACCGGCUUCCCCCUUACCCUCUCCUACCCAUCUUCAUCGCCAUCGACACCUUUGAUUGGGCUUCUGCAGACGUCGUCGCAGAUUCUGGCCAGCGACGUGACUUUCGCAUGGACCUGCAGCUCGCUGGGUCAAAAACCGUUUUGUGUACUCGGUGGGAGCCCAAGGUCCUCAUGAAUGCCAACCCGGGUGGAUACGGCCGGAACUUUGAGCGCAUGCACACGCGCCCCGCGCCUGGGUGUGAGAAUACCACGUCGCAUCAUCGGGUGAUCACGUAUGACCUGGCGGGGAUGAAGAUGGUCGUAAGAGCCGAGGUGGACGCGUGUUUACCUGAUCUCGAUGGCAAGGCUGCCUAUGCACAGGAAAUCCCGCAGUCGGCGUUAGUGGAGUUGACGACCAAACACGAGUCCAGAGAUUCGAGGUGGUCUCACAAGCAUAUGCAGAUGUGCAUCUCGCAGACACCCAAUUUGAUAUAUGGCAUCCAUCGGAAUGGGGUGUUCAACAAAGUGGUGAAGAAGGGAAACCCGGUCGAUGUACAUGGCCAUAUGGAGUUUAAGCUUCGGCUGCUCAGACGAGCGUUGGAGAACAUCCAACAAUUGGUGGUCGCCUCGGGAUUACGAGGCAGGCUGACGCUCAUUUAUGAGGACAAGGUGUUAAAGGUUUAUCAGAGGAACUUGGAGAACAGUCUGUUGCCUGAAGAGUAUCUCGAGAUGUUUCAGCCGAAAACCUCGAUUUUCGUCGACUUGUUGGACAGUUCUCAGGCACUUUCGCAGGUUGAAGCUACUACAUGA